CAUCUUAUGUUCUACGUUCGUACCGGAUGCUAUAGGUAAGAUCAGGAGAGUCAACAAAACACAUUACAAGCCUUGGCUGGGAUUUUACCGUGGAAGUGUCACCGUUGAACAUAUUUCCGGAAAGUGCCGAAGGCGACCGAAGAGUGACAGGUUUGAGUUGAAGUUAGGUCAUGGUGUCCCCAGGUCAAUAACUGGAAAGCUCUGCAGGUAGUAUAACAGGCAGCUGUCAGGACCGCUGCUCCACAACAGACGACGCAACAAGAAAACAACACACGCUAUUUCACGUUGAUCAUAAUGAACUUGAAGAAGACCAAGGUAUAUAAACUGAUAGCGACUGGAAACAAGGAUGCAGUUAUUAAGGGGAUGUACGACUACCUGAAGAGCGGCAAGUCUCCCAACACUCGGGACAGCGAGACGGGUGGGGGCCUACUUCACCAUAUUGUUAGUCAUGCGGAACGUUUCACAGACCCAGACGUGUGUGUUGUCUUGUAUAUGCUGGCAUGCAAGGAUGUUGAUGUGGAUCUCCAGGACAAUGCUGGGGAAACUGCCCUGCAUAAAGUCGUUAGAAAAAAAGGAGCGUUCAGGAUUAUGCAGAUGCUGCUGAGGUGUGGGUGCGAUACACAGAUAACAAACGACAAGAGUCAGACGGCGUUGAACAUCCUGAUGGACGAAAAGCCUGACGGUUGGCAGGAGACGCUUCACUGGUACAAGAAAUAUCACCCAGGUCUGUGGGUAUUAUUGCAGGAGCCCCAGCCAGACCGGAAGCAAGUUGAACGUCUGCUCCUCAUGUGGUCUCGUCUGACAACAGUCAAGAACGGGAAGAUUGUGAAUAUGAAGACAUUGAUUCAGGAUGAUGUUAGGAAAACAGACCUUUUACAAUUGAUUGAGAAAUAUGAGAACUCUAUUGAGCUUGCUCUGGCAUUUGUUGGCGGUCUAGGAUUCAUUGUGCGGAUGUGGCACAAACAAGGUAUUUUGACCAAUCACGACGUCAACACAAGGGAUCACGCCUACCAGAGACACUACCCAGAAUGCCCGGAAGUCCCACAGCCCCUCCUGGCGGUGACGUGGGAAACUAACAGCCUGGACGCCAUGGAAAUGAUCAUGGACUUAAAACCAAACACAAGUGUCCUUUACAACGAGUAUUCCGAUUCUUCCCAAGCUAAACCUCUUUUCUUUCAUGUGUUAACGAGUCAGUUCCGUCCGCGCGAUGACAAGGUCAUAGAGAGAUUGUUCCAGGGGUCAGACCUCGACGCCCGUAAUAUGGACGGCCAGACCGUCCUGUUUGAAAUCAUCAAAUAUAAAGAGACAGAGAACAUUGGUAGAAGUGUACUUGCAGCAGGUGUGAGCAUCUCUGCCAGGGACAGGUUUGGGAGAACAGCACGUGACUAUGCCCAAGCGCUGAACUUACCUGUGUAUAUGAAACUGAUUGAUGAGCAGGUGCUGAGACUCAUCAAGAACAAGCAGUUUGAUGCCGUGGAGAAGCUGAUUCUUGAAAACUACUCAUUUACUGGCAUCAAGGACAGUUCUGGCAAGUCAGCGGCAGAGUAUGCCAAAAAGCAUUCCUCGCGACAGGUGUUUGAAGUCGUCAAGCUUGUGGAUGCAAUACAGACGUAUGUGAGGCGCGUGUUCACUGCAGUAGAGGACGAUGCGAUCGACGACCUGAAGAAAUUGCUGUCGUGUCAGAAGUAUGCUAACGCGAGGGAUAAGUGUGGGAGGACGUCAUUACUCAAAGCCAUACUCCUCCGCCAGAGAGACGCCACGUUGAUGCUUGCCCGGGACUGCUCCUUCAUCGUCAACACACCUGAUAAUCUUGGGCGAUACCCUCUCCAUUACGUCCAUCUCUUCAUGGAUGACCCAGAAGUGAUCGACGUCCUUGAGCGACAAGGUGCUGACCCGGAUCAAUGUGACCUACGAGGACGGCGUCCAGUGGCCUACAGUCGGAAGAUGUGCAGCAAUCAGGAAUUCUUGAACCUGCAGAAGGAAGUCCAGGAUUUCGACAUGGAGGUCUUCAUAUACGAAACGAACUUUGAGGAAGCUCUAAAAGGUGCUAUUAAAAGAGCUGACCUCGAUAUGGUAACGAGGCUGGUGUCCGGUCUGAAGGAACAUGGCGAGGUGAAGCGGUUCAACUCGGUGUUGUUUGACUGUGUGGACCAGAGACGGGAGGACAUUGCAAUGUUCCUGUUGAGGAAUGGUUUCCAGUGUGAUAUAUACAAACAGUUCAAACAUUGCAACCCAAAUGACCCCAUGUGUGCCAUGAUGGAAUGCAGUCAUUCGGUGACGUCACUCAAACAACGUGCAAUUGACAAGCAGUGCAGCAGAGUGGAGCGAGCUAUCACUGAUAUGAUGAAUGGUGGACUUGCUCCGCUCGUGAGUGUUCCUCCUCCAUUCAACUACAUGCCGAAACGACUGUAACACGGAGGGAGGGUGUUUCCAAAGUGCUCAUGGCGGACCAGACGGGUGUGUGACCCACUGCAGGCGGGUUGUCGUGUAAAAACAGUUCCAGUCCCUCACGGGCUAUUCAUCGACACAUGCAUGUGAUGACAUUUCAAUGGAUAGUUUGAAAUACAGUGACAUCUAUAA